GAUAACCUCCGCUGAACAUGGAGCCAUCCCUCUUUCUGUUGCCACUCUGUGCUCCUAAUUACUUCUGAAUUCCGUAGACAGCACCAUUUUAUUUCUGCAUGACCGGCAGUUAACAGAGCUUCGCAACUCCUCAUCCAUGGCAUCAACCAUGCCGUUCUCCGCUGGCCUCGUUUCUCUUGGGUCUCCGCCGCCGCAGCGCCACAGCUGCAGGUUCCAGCGAUAUCAUCGACCGGGCACUCUCAUUUCAUCAGCUAUAAGGCAUGGUCAGGUUAAAGCUAUGGCUGGAGUGAGCAUGGAUGGCUUGGCACAGCCUCAAGCCCCAGUUGCAGUGGUUACCGGAGCAUCGAGGGGGAUUGGGCGAGCGAUAGCUGUGGCUCUUGGCAAAGCAGGGUGCAAGGUAGUUGUGAACUAUGCCAAGUCAGGCAUGGAAGCUGAAGAAGUGUGCAGAGAGAUCAUGGAGUCCGGUGGCACUGCCAUCUCCUUUUCAGCCGAUGUCUCCAUUGAAGCCGAGGUUGAAACCAUGAUGAGAGCGGUAAUUGAUACUUGGGGAACGCUGGACGUGAUGGUGAACAAUGCAGGGAUCACGCGAGAUGCUCUGCUAAUGCGGAUGAAGAAGGCGCAGUGGCAGGAAGUAGUGGACGUAAACCUUACCGGUGUUUACCUCUGCGCCCAGGCUGCGGCGGCAGUGAUGAUGAAGAGGAAGAAGGGAAGAAUCAUCAACAUCGCCUCAGUUGCCGGGAUGAUCGGCAACAUUGGCCAGGCCAACUACUGCGCCGCCAAGGCCGGGGUGAUUGGAUUGACCAAGGCCAUGGCCCGGGAAUACGGUGGCAGAAACAUAAAUGUGAAUGCAGUUUCCCCGGGCUGGGUCGCGUCUGACAUGACCGCAAAACUAGGCGACGACAUCGAACGAAAGGCGCUCGAGACAAUACCACUAGAGGAGAUUGCUGGACUGGUGGAGUUCUUGGCUGUUCAUCCGGCUGCAAGCUACAUGACCGGGCAGGUGCUCCCAGUUGAUGGUGGCCUGUCCAUUUGAGUGUUACUGAAACCGAACCUAAGCGAGAUGUGGAAACGUAAAUUUUCCAAUGGGUUGUGUCACACAAAAUUAAGCACAAGAGGGCUCCAUGCCUUUGCGUCAGGCUUGUGGCGUACGGAGUGCCUACUCAUGUGUUCUUUACUGGGAGGUUGGAGAAAGUUAUAGUCUGGAUGGAAAUUCAGUAGUAUGUAUUGCCCAUAGCGUAUACUCGAUCAUUUGGUUCAACCGAAAGUACCAGAAAAAUAACCAAAGUUAACGAAUGUAUAUCCAAGAUGUAUUGUACAAGUCCGCCAAAUGUAAUGUUUUGGCUGUCCUUCGUCUUCGACAUUUUUAUUUUGCAUCAAAGAGUAUUUGAAUUAGCAUGUUAGGCAUUUUAUACUGUCCGUAGAGCGCCUCUACUGAAGAAGUGAACUUGAG